AUGCUAGAUUCAUUAAGCAGCAAGGAGAAAGAGGAAUCGCACGGGAAUCUCGACAGCGUCGACGUGAGUGAAUACAGCCAUGUGAUAAACAACUCCCACAGCUCGGAGGAAGAAGACGAUGAGUCGUCAUCGGAUGAUUACAUCGAAGAGGAAGAAGUGCUGAGAGGCAGUCAUAACAGGAGCAGUUCAUAUGGUGGUAGUAAAGCUAAUCCAAAUAGGAGCUGUGGGCAAGCGUAUAAUGACCAAACCGAAGGAGUGACCAAUUCGGACAAGAGAUGUACGAACAGCCCAAAUGACACAGGCAUGUUAAAAAAGGUUGAUCGUGAAAAAGGAGAGCAAGACACAAGCGGGACCAACAAAAAAAGCAGAAGGAGCGAACAGAAUGAAAACCCAAACCAAAACAAAAAGCAGAACGGCCAACCCUAUAUCUACGUUAGGGUAAAAACAAACGACUGUAAUAACAACACCAUUAAGUGCAAGAUAGAGAAAAACAUCACUGUAAAAAAAUUGAAAAAGAGCCUCAGCAAGAUAUUACACAAUGGUGAAGAAGAGUAUAGGAUCAUUUAUAGGGGAAGACAGCUGAAGGAUGUUGAAGUUCUGGCCAAAUACAAUAUAAAAUUUAAUGAUAUCCUAUACGCUAUGAGAAUUCAUAGGAAAAAAAGCGGAAAAGAUGCCAUCCUGGAUUCAGGAAUCACCAGCUCGCAGUUACGUACCAUAAGAGAGGAAUACAACGACUCGGUGAAGUUCCCCCAAAACGAUAAUAUAUCAAAAUUGAUUUCGUCCAUGUUUGAUAACAGUGAUUUUCUCAAAUCAAUAAUGGAUUCCAAUAAGCAACUGCAGAAGUUAAGAGAGAAAAAUUCAGAGAUAAACCACAUGCUGAAUGAUUCGCAGUCAUUGAAGCAGUCAUAUGAGAUGAUUAAAAAUCCCUCAUUAAUGAAAGAAAUGAUGAGGAACACGGAUCGAGCCAUAAGUAACAUAGAAGCCAUUCCAGGCGGGUUCAACACUCUCAGACGAAUGUAUCACAACAUUCAGGAGCCCAUGUAUGAUGUCAGUGAGGCAUCAAAUGAAAAUAAAAAAAAUAAAGUUAAACACUAUGACUUAAAAGCUUCUUCUCCACCCACCAGUGAAGCCUUCCCGAACCCCUGGGCUUCCAAAGAUGUCAAUUCAAAAAAUAAGAACAACCAAAAUAAUGAUCUAGAUAAAUAUCUUCUCAUGAAUAAUAAUUUGUUUAACAACACCAAUGAUUUUUUUAAAUCGAGCAAGAAGAACAGGGGCAACGGGAUGGGAGGCAACAACAACAAGAGCAACAGCAACAGAAGCAGCCUCUUCAAGACCAACAUCUUGGAUCUGCUGCAGAAUUACCAGGCGCCUCCACAAAGCAAGCUGGGCGGGAGGAGCGGCGGAAGCGGCAUGAACGGCAUCAGCAGCCUCAACGGGAUGAACGGCAUGAGCAGCCUCAACGGGAUGAACGCCAUGAGCAACCUCUUCAGCAGCGCGCAGAUGAACAGACGGCAGAUGUACCACGGGUUACUCAACAGCGGGCUGUUCCGCGGGGGGCUCCUGAACAAUGGGCAGUUAAGCAGAGGGCAGAUAAGCAGCGGGUCCAGAGUCAGUGGUCCCCCGGCUGGCGGUACCCCCAGUAGCGCCCCACCCGCUAGCGGUCAUUCAAAUGGCACGUACCCGAGUAGCGCUCAUCCCACUGGCUCUCCCCUGGGCGAUCUGCUCAACAACAACCUAUUUAACGAUAAGCUACUUUUCGGAUCAAACUUCACCAAUGAUUUUAUUAACCAGUACACACAAGUGCAAAAGAAGAAGGACGACCCAGAAAUGGCCAAUGCGAUAAACCAAGUAAUUCUAAAUGUGAAAGAUCAAAUAAAUAAUGAGACCGAUUGGAAGUCCAUGCUAAACGUUCCCUCGAUUGUCAGCCCGAAUGGGGAGGUAAGCCCUUCGAAGAGUAGCAGCGCCAAUCGUGGCGAUGAAGAGAGGGGCGUAGCUGAUGGGGUUGGCAAAAGUGAUGAUGAAGGGCAACUCCUUUUGGAAGGCAAAAGGAAUGCCAGCCAAAAUCUAGUAAAGGAGAUCACCUCUGCGGACAAAAUGGAAGAGGUUAAUACCAAAGGGGGGGACGUCGACCCGGGGAAUCUGCACAACGUUGUAAAUGUGACUUCUUCCAAGGGAGACAGUUCGUUGGAGGAAGGGUCUCCAAAUUUGUUACCAAAUGAUGUGAGUAGCUCCAAUGGGUGUAGCUCCCCAACUUCUGCGCUGCUCAAUAUGCAGCUAGGGAGUGGCAACCUGGGCGGUGUUAGCUCCACCCCGCUAAACAUCCUGGAGAAUCAUGUCAACAACCUGGAUUUGAGAAGCAUGUCUGAGGCGAUCAAGUUAUUGAGCAGCGGUGGCGGCAGUGUCGGUGGUAGCGCCCAGAAUGGACAGGAAUAUUUCUCUAAGCUGUACGCCGAACAGCUGAAUUCACUACGAGAAAUAGGGUUCACGGACCAGCAGAAGUGCAUAAAGGCGCUAAUUAACACGCAAGGGAAUAUAGAAAGGGCCAUCGACUUCUUGUUGGCCGACAUGAAUGGAGAUCAGGAUUGA